AUGGCACCUUCCUCAGUUGCGAGCGACGACUCGGGUGAUGACAGCUUCAUUGUCGACAUCGAUGCGAUCCAAGCACAUGGCAUCGGUGCUGUUGACAUUGCGAAGCUGAAAGCCAACGGCUACUACACGAUUGCUUCAGUGCAUUCGGCCACUCGUCGUAACCUGCUCAAGAUUAAAGGCUUCAGUGAGAUCAAGGUGGACAAGGUCAAGGACGCGAUUACCAAGUGCCAGGUGACCAUUUCCCUCGCCUUACACUCUGGAGGCGGCUUUCAGACCGCACAUGAACUCGGCCAGCAGCGCAAGCGUGUGCUCAAGAUUUCGACUGGAAGCAAACAACUCGACACCAUCCUGGGAGGGUGGGUGCAUGCUUCAUUGCGCCUCAAGAUUAUGAUUGCUUACACUUUGAAGUGGCUUCCAGACUAUGAGCAUCAGCGAGGUCUUCGGCGAGUUCCGUUGUGGAAAGACGCAGAUGUCCCAUACUAUCUACCAAAAGAUAUGGGCGGAGCUGAGGGCAAGGUGGCCUAUAUUGAUACGGAAGGUACCUUCAGACCGGAGAGAAUCGCUCAGAUCGCUGAGCGAUUUGGUGUCGAUCCAGAGACCACGCAAGACAACAUCACAUACGCUCGUGCCGUCAACUCUGAGCACCAAAUGGAGCUCCUGAACAAGGUUGCCGAGUUCUUUGUCGGCAACGAGUACCGCCUCCUUAUUAUCGACAGCAUCAUGGCGCUCUUUCGAGUCGAUUACACGGGCCGUGGCGAGCUGAAUGAGCGCCAGCAGAAGCUCAAUCAGUUCCUGUCGAAGUUGACCCACGUCGCUGAAGAGUUCAAUGUUGCCGUCCUCUUGACCAACCAGGUGCAGAGCGAUCCGGGAGCAAGCGCUCUUUUCGCUGGUGCAGACGGUCGCAAGCCUGUCGGGGGUCACAUCCUCGCUCACGCGUCAGCUACCCGCAUCUUGCUUCGCAAGGGCCGUGGCGAGGAGCGUGUGGCAAAGAUCCAGGACUCUCCAGGUAUAUAUGCCAGAGAAGGAGGCGACGUAUAUCAUUACCAACGGUGGUAUCAAUGAUCCCGAGAAGGUCUGA